AUGUCUUCACGCACCUUUGGUAGAAUCUCUGCUGUUGUAUCUUCUGCUUUGGAAAGUCUCAUCAAUGAAGCUGAUGAAUAUUUCUAUGGAACGAUUUAUAUCGGUACACCAAGCCAACUGUUUCUUAUCGAUUUUGAUACGGGUUCAUCUGAUCUUUGGGUACCGUCAAGCAAAUGUUCGUCACAGUGUAAUCAAUUCCAUAAAUAUAUAUCAUCGGCAUCAACAACAUAUGUAGCCAAUGGAGAAAGUUUUUCAAUUACAUAUGGUGAUGAUUCUUCAGCCAGUGGAAUUUUUAGUAUCGAUACUGUGACAAUCAAUGAUCUUGCAGUUCAAAAUCAAACAUUUGCUGAAUGUACAUCUUUGACGGGUAUGGAGAAUGACGUUAAUGAUGGUAUUCUAGGACUUGCUUAUCCAAAUUUAACAUCAGGCGACGAAAAACCAUUUUUUUAUAAUAUGUGGUCUCAAGGUCUAAUUUCUGAACCUAUAUUUUCCUUCUAUUUGAAUCCUGAUGUAAACGCUACAUCUAGUAGUGAGCUCAUAUUUGGUGGUAUUGAUUCCACUAAAUAUACAGGUUCUAUUACAUAUAUUCCGGUAGUGCUAGAAGGAUAUUGGGAAUUUCAAAUGACACAAGUGACUGUUGGCUCGACUGUUAUAAGUUCAUCAGCAUAUGCUAUUGCUGAUACGGGUACAACAUUGAUCACUGGACCUACACAACAAGUUACAGCAUUGAAUGUAGCUUUGGGUGGUACUUAUGACUCGUCUAGUGGGAUGUACACAGUUAGUUGCACAACACGUACACUUUCGUCAUUUCCUAAUGUUACAUUUACAAUUGGUGGUACAGCAUUCGUCUUAACACCGUUACAAUAUUUACGGAUCCAUAAAGAGACACGGACUCAUUACGUAUGUUACAGCGUCUUUACAUCGGAAAAUGUAGAGGAUACUAAUCGAAAUGACUUCUGGAUCUUAGGAGAUUAUUUUCUCUUUUGGUAUUAUUCAAUUUUUGAUAUAAGCAACAAUCGUAUAGGCUUUGCUCAAUCAAUCUCACACAACUGGACACAAAGUGUUGACGCCUCUUUAUUUCUUGGAACAACUACAACAACAACAGGACGAACUACGAUUGUAACAACAUCAGUGACAACAGUAACAACAACUACAAUGGCACAAAAUGCAACUGCAACAACGUCAGUGACAAUAGCAACAACCACAACACAAAAUAUGACUGUAAUAACGUCAGUGGCAUCAACAACAACAACAACAACAGCACAAAAUGCAACUUCAAUAACGUCGGUGGCAACUAUCAUGGUCUGUGGUCGUAAUAUCAUCUUCGCCUCACUCUUUAUCAUGCUUCUUCUCAGUGUCUGA